AUGGGAAGAUCCCCUUGUUGUGAUCAAAGCGGUCUGAAGAAAGGUCCAUGGGCUCCAGAAGAGGACGAAAAGCUUCUUCUUUACAUUCAAAAACAUGGUCAUUCAAAUUGGAGGUUCCUGCCCAAAUUAGCAGGUCUUAACAGAUGUGGGAAGAGCUGUAGACUACGAUGGGAAAAUUACCUGAAGCCUGACAUCAAGAGAGGGAAGUUUUCACCUGAAGAAGAGGAGACGAUUCUAAAUCUGCAUUUCGUUCUUGGCAACAAGUGGUCUGUAAUGGCGAAGCAUCUCCCAGGUCGUACAGACAAUGAGAUCAAGAACUUUUGGAACACACGCAUAAAGAGGAAACUGAUAAAGAUGGGCUUCGAUCCCAUGACUCACCAACCUCGAACUGAUCUGUUCUCCAGCCUUUCCCAGCUGCUGCUGAUACCACUGGCUACACCGGCAGAAGCUUGUCAUCAGUUGGCUAAGCUUAUAGGUUGUCUCCCACAGAUGAUAUUAAUGAACUCCACAUCUCCAAUCAAAGAAAACCCGGUUUUGAGUUCAUUCGAGUGGGAAAAUCCUUCCCCAAAUCCUUUAGGAAUGGCUACUUCUCAACCAGUACUCCCUGUCCCUGAUUCAACUCUUUUCUCUUAUUCAUCAGACCUGCAACUGCCAGGCAGCAUCCAAACACCUCUUACCAAUGAAAUAACGCAAGCUUCUGAUGUUACAUCAUUUAGCCAAGAAGAAAGCUGGCUCCAGUCUCCAUGGGUUCCUUCUGCGGCCUCUCCCACUCAUCCUCCCCAUCAGCCACCUGCACCAGCUGCUCCACUUGUAACUGAGACGACCAUGACCAGCAACACGACGGGUGACGCUUGCAGCAGUUCUAGCUAUGAAGGAGAAGCAUCUCUGUUUUGGCCUGAGCUAUUUCUUGACGAUGACUCUUUCUUUCCAUUGCUGCUUUAA